AUGAGCGUCGCCGCAGCAGAUGGGCUGAACGACAUCUACGAGUCGCUGGAGCAGUACAAUUGGGACGAUGAUGCCGAGUUUCAGUCCGGUCUGAAUGCCAUUCUGGGCAACAAUAGCUCGCCCGAGCAGGCGUCUGAAUUGGCACUGCGGGCGCGAUGCUUUUACUAUGCUAGGAAAUACAACAUCAACGUCGACUUCGACGCCUACAAAGCAUACCGCAGCUCGCGGGGCCGCCCCGCUCUCGUGCCCAACGGCGCACAAGCUCCUCCUACUACUUCCAGCACCGAUGAUGCAGGCGGUAUUCUCCCUGUAGCUUCCGCGAAUGCGAAUGAACCUCCGGCGCCGUACCCUACCUCCUUCGCGCACAUCGUAGAGCUGGUGACGACUGGGCAGCCAAUUCCAGGCAUCAAGGAGAUACCCGAUACGCUCCUCACCGGACAGUCCUCGGAAGCUACGAAGUCGAAACGAAGGAAACCAUGGGAGAAGGACGAGUCCACCACAAGUGGCGAAGCUGCUGCUGAGGCUACGACGACGAGUUGA